AUGUCCAUGAACCCUCUCCCUCGGUCCAGCAUACCAGAAGCCAAUAAAGAAGAGGCAAUUAAUUCUUUCAACGAUGAACAAUCAAUUUCCAUUGCCUGUCUUGCUUGGUCAAACAGCGACGAGGCGUCCAACGAUUUCCGUUCGGAUUAUUGUACCAAACCUACUUUCCCCAUGCUCCUUGCCAUCAUUAAUACAUCCCUUGGCGACGACGUAACUGAGGAAGACGCCACAACCAAUUCGUUUCAGGAUUACGUAGCUAGAUUGCUUGGGCAUGAAGCCGCACUUCUGGUUUUAUCCGGCACAAUGGGUAACCAGGUGUCUUUUCGGACUGCUCUGAGUUCUCUUCCUUACUCCAUUCUGGCCGAUUAUCGAGGUCACAUCAUCCACCUUGAGGCUGGGGGUGCGUCCACUCUUUGCGGUCCUCUCAUCAAGCAGGUCGUUCCAAAGAAUGGCUACCACCUCACGCUCGAAGACAUAAUAGAGAAUAGCGUCCUCUCCGAAACUCCCUACGACUGUCCGACCAGAGUGAUCAGUCUGGAGAUCCCACUCUCAGGCACGAUCAUGCCCUUGUCAGAGGUGCAGGCUAUUUCUCGUUGGGCCCGUGCUCAAAACCCGCCCAUCCAUAUGCAUCUAGAUGGAGCCCGUCUCUGGGAAGCAGUUGCCUCAGGAAGUUACAGCUUGCACGAGGUUGGAGAGUGCUUCGACAGCAUUCAGCUGUGCUUGACUAAGGGGCUUGGGGCUCCCAUCGGGAGCGUUGUCGUUGGGAGUUUAACCUUCAUCAAGCGGGCACGGUGGAUUCGGAAGUUCCUCGGCGGUGGUCUGCGGGCCGCUGGCGUGAUUGCUGCACCAGCGAGAGCUGCAAUCGAUGAUGUCUUCUUUGGUGGGAAGUUGGAGGCAGCUCAGGAUAAGGCCAGAAGAGCCUCAGCCCUUUGGGAAAAUCUUGGAGGGAAGCUCCAAAGACCAACGGAAACGAAUAUGGUCUGGCUUGACUUUGAAACCUCUGGCGUUACGCGUGAUGACUUCUACCCUUUAAUGCGCCAAGAAAAUCUGAAGGUCAUUGAGCAUCCAUUCAUGAACGAACGGAUCGUCUUUCACUACCAGAUCAGCGAUGAGGCGCUUACCAAACUCUGUAGGGUAUUUAAAGCUGUACUAAAUGCUCCUAUCUCAAACACAACAGUAUAG